GGCAGCCUGGGGGUGCUCACUGUGCGGUGACCCAGGGCUGGGGCCUCCUCCCGGGCCGGAGCCGUAGGCACAGCGGGACCUGUUCAGGGGUGCCGGCAUCUUCAGGGGUGUUAUAGUUGUCCUCCUGCUGUCAUAGAUCAAUUAGGCUGACCCCCGCCCUCUUUAGCACACUCUUCCUGCCUAGCUUGCGGUUCCUAAUAAUUGUUUUUCUUUCAUUUUUCCAGCCGCAGGAGCCUUCUCCAUACCUCACGUUACCAUGGCCACCCACUUCUCCAAGGAUCAGGAGAGACCCGUGCCAGCUCAAACACUUGUGCCCUGCAGAGCAAACUCAAGCCUUGCCCUAUUGCUGCCCAGUCACCAGAGCCCUGUGUGCCCAGGUGUGCUGUCUGAGGAGGUUUUGCUGUCCCUGCUCUGCAGAUCAGGUGUGUGAAGGGGGACCUGUUCUCGUGCCCGGGCACAGAUGCCCUGGCUCACUGCAUCAGCGAGGAUUGCCGCAUGGGUGCCGGCAUCGCCGUGCUCUUCAAGAAGAAGUUUGGAGGCGUCCAGGAGCUCCUGGAUCAAAAGAAGAAGACAGGGGAGGUGGCGGUUCUGCAGAGGGAUGAGCGGUACAUUUACUACCUGAUCACAAAGCAGAAGGUUUCUCACAAGCCCACAUAUGAGAGCAUGCAGAAGAGUUUGGAAGCCAUGAAAGCUCACUGCCUGAACAACGGAGUCACCGACAUCUCCAUGCCCAGGAUUGGAUGUGGACUCGAUGGCCUGCAGUGGGAAAAGGUGUCAGCAAUCCUUGAGGAAGUAUUUGAGAACACUGACAUCAAGAUCACGGUUUACAGCCUGUGAGCAGAACAAAGAUCCCCAUUUCCCCCAUCUUUGGGAGCAGAACCUGUGAACUAAGGGGGGACCUGCGUGGGGAGCACAUUCUACAUUCGGGUGUCACUCACUUGUGCGACAGCGACAGGGGCUUCCAGCAGCAAUAAGCCCCGGAGAAGUUCAUUUGGGCUGUUAAUUAGCAGGAGGCAGCGGCGCUGUGAAAAGCCUCGGGGAGCUCCCAGUGUGUCCCUGCAGCCACCAGGUGUCACUGGGGCUCCACGCAGCGAAACGGAGCCGCUGCCUCCUGAGGCUUCGGGGUUUCUGUUUGGGUUGGUGCUGAUGAGCUGCCGCAGGCACCUCUGCUUUGUUCUGUUUGCCUGGCACUCGGGUCACUUCCCUGUUCGCACGGGUGGAACGGUUUCAUCUCUCCCUUCCGGCCACAAAUGGGGAUUGCUGGGGUUGUGCUCACUCAGGAUCAUGCUGUGGUGUUAAAUAAACGGUGCCCUGCUGUUGGGUUGGUACCUGUGGCUGUUCUGGGGACAGGCUGGGAUUGCUGGAGGUGAGGAAAUACACCUGGUGGCUGUGUUUUAUACAGCAGCUCUAUAAUUUAUAGUGUGCAGAGCUCUGUUUGGUGAGGAUCCAAACGGGCUGAUGUGCUCUAAAAACUCACAGGGUGGAGUUUAAGGUGGGCUUUUCCCAUUUCUUUGUUUGUUAGAUUUGUAGUCCAGGUGUUACACAAAGGUUGGUGUUUGUCACCCAAAACAAAAGCAAAUCAGUACCACCCCUUGUUCCUGAGAUCCACAGAAAGCUCCUUAUUCUGGAAGAGUUUGUUCCAGAACUGAGGAACUACCAGAGACAUGUCCUUCAUGUUUGGUUUCCCACCCUCCCACAGUAACAAAUCCUUUGGACUUCUGUCAUUUUGAAUGCCCAGGAAAGUGACAGGUGUGUUGAAAAAAUAUAAAAAUGGAAUGUAAGAGUUGGGAAUUUUGUAGCAUUACCUUGGAUAAAGAGGAAUUUGGAGCAAUGAGCUGAUCCAGAACAGGCAUUGAGGCUGCUCAUUGAUUCAGUCCUUCCCCUUGUUUGUGUCUGGGUUUUUGUUCUGGUUCCUUAUUCAUGGCAUCCCCGUGAGCUUUGUUUUACAUGGAAAAUGAUCCUGCUCUCCAACACUUGUGUGUACUCUGGAAAUUCUUUUGGCAUUUAGUUCUCCCUUCCCAGCUACAAAAUAUUCCCUGUGUGGCUGUCCUGGGAUGUCCUUGAACUCAGAGUUGUCGGGUUCAAUUUAGGACUUCUUGCAAGUAGAGAAGAAGGAAUAAACAGUGCUUUGGCUUUU